AUGGCCACCGCCGCCAGUCCCGCCGGCCGUGCUCCCAAUGCCACUGCCAAGAACGAUGGGCCUCGACGCCGAAAGCUGAUCGGCCAACGUCGGCGCGUAGAUGACGACGACGGCGACGAUCACGGCACAUUCGAUCUGGUCGACGACGACUCUCUGACCGACGCUUCGGCCGCCAGCGAGGAUCGGGAUGCGGCUGUAGAUGAUAGCGACACAAGCAACAUCGACGAUGCAUCGCCAACCACACCGGCCACCCGCAAGGGCAUCAAGAGCGGGGCGGGCCCAAAAGGUGCAGCAGUCAAGCCGGAGGGACGAAGGCCGACGGAGCCUACGGACAGUGCUGCUACACCCAGCGCUGAACAUAUGCUGCGCGGACUGUCGAUUUCAGACAAGACGGCGACGGCCGCAAACGAGCAGCUUGACCGUGACGCCAGCGAGGCGAAGGAGAGCGGCAACGGGCCCGCAGACGCGUCCCAAGCCGAAUCCGCAUCACAGCCGCAGCAGCCUGCUCAACCGGUCAAGGCACCCCAGCCGCCCAUCGUCUCCUCUUCUUCCGCCCAGGCCCAACGCCGCGAGACGCCCUACGAGAGACAGCGCCGCGAGCACGACCUCUACAAGCAGAAGCGGGACGAGGACCCGUCGUUUGUGCCCAACCGGGGGGCUUUCUUCAUGCACGACCAUCGGGGUGCUGGCCCAGCUGCCAACGGUUUCCGGCCCUUUGGUAGGGGUGGAAGAGGCCGUGGUCGGGGCGGUUACGGAGGGCUGUACGCCCCAUUGCAAGGCCAUAUACACAACCCGGCAGACCCGACGAUCAAUGCCCCGUGGGCUCACGACAUGCACGACACCAUUGCGGCACCGGUCAUGCCGCGACUGGCGCCACCACCACGCCGUCGUUUCGAUGCGAGCAGUCAGUAUGGCGGAAGCCAGGCUGUGGCCCCUGCUGCGAGCAUACCGACAUGUCUGCCCAGUGCCGUGCCCAUCAACCGGUCCAUGUCGGUGGAAAAGCCGCUGGGGGUGGUGACUGUCCGGGUAUUCUUCCCGCCUAUGAGAGAAGCGGUGCUGUUUGAGAAGUUCAAGGUUGUGCAAUACACUAAACUGCCAGAUCACCGGCCACCGCUCCGACGGGACAAGGCCGUGGUCAUUGAUCUCCCGGGCCAGCCGAAGAGCCAGAUCUUCCCGGCCGUGGACCGCUCGUUUAUCUUCAUUCCCCGCGCACUGCGUCCGAACCAACAGCGCAUGCGCGGCAACAGGACGCGGUCUGUCAUGGGCUCCAUCUCCGGCUUCUCGCGACAGACCAGCAUGUUUGGCGGCAGCUACUACAACGGGAGCAUGUACUCGCCCAGCAUCGCGCUCAGUCGGAGGUCGUCCAUCACCCACGACGUUGGCCGCGACUACAUCAUAUCUCCUGCCGGGUCAGCCAUGUCCCGACCAGCCCUCCACAUCGACAACGCCUCGAGACCGGUCGUGCGGCUACCGCCAUCGGGUGUUCCACCUCCUGCUAUGCCGAUGUCGGUGCCGAUGAGCGGUCUAGGCAUAUCCAUGGGUGCAGGUGGCGGUGUUUCCGUGUCCGUGCCGCCACAGUCAGGGGCUAAAUCUACCCCGCAGGCAGAACAGCAGCAGGCAGAACAACAACAACAACAACAGCAGCAGCAGCCGCAGCAGCAGCCUAUACCGCCAUCCCAGGUGCCAGAGGGCUCUUCGCUCAGCACCGUUCCUCCUCCACAGAUCCAUCCUCUACCCCAACGGCCUGCAUUUCAGGAGAGCCGAGCAAGCCAGAACCUGCCUAUGCACCAACCACGACCGCAGAAGGCAGUGUCGGUCGACACAAUCGAUCCCCAGUCGACCGGGGGCUUGGGGCCGUUCGCGCAGCAGCAGUCUCUACCCAUGCCGUUCCACCAACAGGUUCCCAUCCAGAUGGCAAGCGGCUUUCCGCCAGGAGAGCCCCAUCAACGCCACCCGUCGUAUCCGUCCUACACUGCCGGCACACCGCUGUCGCAGAUUCCAGAGCGCGCCAUCCACGCCGCUCCCUUCCAGCCGAACAUGUCUGCUCAGCCGCCGAUGUAUUCGCAGCCAAAUGCAGCGCCGGCAGGAGCCACUUUCUAUGGCAAUCCUGCGGGAUAUCCGAUGAUGCAGCCGCCUCCACAACAGGGAUUUUUCUACCCAACACCACCCACCUACUCCUCUACCAUGGCUCCGUCGGGGGCAGCUGCGACGUUUGUACCUGGAGGAACACCGCAGGGUGCUGGGCCACCGUCUGGCCAGCCAGGCCAGCGCGAUGUCGGCGGGACACCGGUCGACGUGCAGCAACAACCGGUCCCCCACCACAGCCUGGUUGCUCAGGAGGCCAACGGCAUGGUGUACUACUACGAUCCAUCCAGCCUCCCUGGCAUGUCCAACUAUCCGUCGUAUGUGCCGACUCCAGCUCCCCCGGGCGGCUUUGUGCCUGGCAUGGGCGGAAUGGUGACGCCGACUCCUGCCGAUAGUUACUACUACCCGCCACAACCGGGGAUGGUGUACUACCAGCAUCCGUACUCCGCACAGCUCGCUGAAAGCCCUCGCGUUGCUACGAAGUACCAAGAGCGGAUAGCGAUGGACGACGGAACAGGAACACCUUCGCUUCCACCGGCUUUUGCGGCAGCUAUGGCGGCCCCGACAGCUUGCUCUUCAACCACGUCAGCAGUGCAGGCUGCAGUUGGGGCCCCGGACUUCAGGCCUGCAGCAGCUGGUGUAGAGCCAGUAGUGACACAGCUGCAUGCGCCGAGCGGACUUUGUGUCUUUUCAGGUGGUACUGCCGCUAAUUCGCUGGUUGAUGCGUUCCAGGCCGUGGCAACAUUUUUGGGCAACGACGGGAAGAGCAACAAGACCAGAUCGUGUCCGUUGGAAUAUAUCAUCCCGAUUUCCGACAAUGGAGGCAGCUCUUCAGAGCUGAUCCGCUUCUUUGGCGGGCCCAUGCGCCUGAUACCAACGGGCGAUGACGGGGACGGCGACCCAGAUGCCGCGGCCCUGCAGAGUGCUGCUCUCUCGGCAGCGGCCAGCUCUCGCGCUGCCCUGCGUGCCCUCAUGGAGCACCGGCUCUGCACGUCGGAUCCUCGAGAGGCCCGGGCGGAAUGGCUCGAUCUCGUCGAGGCGCGCCACGGGCUCUGGACGUCUGUUCCCGGGCCGACGCGCGAGCUCAUCCGAGCGGUGCUCAACACGCUCAACCUCGAGAUCGUCAAGCGGGCGCGGCCAACGUCCGUCUUCAACUUUGCCGGUGCCAGCGUGGGCAACCUCUUUCUGACCGGGGCCCGGCUCUUCUCGGGCUCCUUCGAGGCCGCCAUUUAUCUCCUGUCGCUGCUGUGCGGCAUUCCUGACCACGUGGCCGUGGUGCCGGCUAUCAGCUCCAACUUUACACAUCACAUUUCGGCCGGACUGGUCGAUGGGACCACCAUUGCCGGACAAGUCAACAUCAGCCACCCGUCCGCACCGACGUCGCUGCCAGACGGAACUGUCGUGGCCCCGGUGGCGACAGCACCGACAGCGCCGACGGCGGCGACGGCCACGACGCUCAAGAUGCGCGGGCGAGCUGCGACGGCCAUUGACUUUGAAGACGCCACGCUACCGGGAUCCCUGCCAGUGCUGCGCCGUCCACAGAUUGCCUUUAGCAAAGACGACGAGGAGGACCUGCCGGCACGGAUCGAGCGGGUCUGGUACAUCAACCCAUACGGCCACGAGAUCCGGCCGCCAGCCAAUCCCAAGGCGCUGGCAGCGCUGCAGCGAGCCCGUGCGAUCGUCUACAGCAUCGGCAGCCUAUACACGAGCAUCAUCCCGAGUCUGGUCCUGCGGGACGUCGGCGCAGCGAUCAGGGGUGAUGACGGCGACCACGGCCAGCAGCACGGGCGGGCCAAGGUGCUCAUCCUGAACAGCAAGCUCGACCGCGAGACGGGCCCCCAGCACGACCCGAUGACGGCCGUCGACUUCGUGCGGGCCAUCACGGGUGCGUGCCAGCAGAGCCAGCAGGACUUGGGCCCAGUGCAAGACGAAGACUGCCGGCGAUACGUGACGCACGUGCUGCAUCUAGAGGGCGGCACGAGAGGAGGCAAGACCAGCGCCGCAAGCGGCCCUCUCGUCGACGAGGCAGAGCUGGGCCGACUUGGCAUCCGCUGUGUGGCUGUGCCGAACCAAGAAAGGCGCCCGAGAGGACAUGGCGGCUUGGGGAUGGGGCGAUACGACGAGGAGGCACUUACACGGGCACUGCUAGGCGUCAUCGGCGAGCAAGGAGAUGGGCUGUAA